AUGGUUUCAGUGCAGAAUGGGAUUGCGACAGCAGCGCAACAGCAAAAAAUGUUUGAAAACUUGUUGGUGGAGCAGGCGACUCGCAGUUCGGCAGCGGUUGCUCACGACAAGAUUGGUGUAUCGGAGCCAUUAAUUCCUGAUAGUAGAAAUGUUGGCCUGCUUACCAGUCCGGAGUCUGUGAAAGAACACAUCUCGCGGUUGAUCAGUGAAAACGAGGCUAUUUUGGAACAGAAUCCGGGUCUUCUCAAACGGCGCCCUUAUCAUCGACAAGUUGGAUCGCAGUCAUCUGUCGAAUUAGAACCAGGAGUGCGUGAUGUACGCUUACAGUGUACCCGAAGUCAGACAUUUUGCGAGUCGCAAACUCCACUGGCCGCUGUCCGAGCCACCAGUGGUAGCGGAGGUUCACUGACAAAUGGACAGCCGAUCGUGAAAGCGCCAGAGAAGUGCUCUGUAUGCAAUUAUUGUCAGUUGAAAUUCGCAAACGAAGCAGCCCUGGAUGCACACGAAAUACGAUGCAGCAAGUGUGUCUCAGAGUUUAUUUGCAGACGUGCGGAGCUGCAUCCGCAAGCAGCAGCACCAUUACAAGCGGUGCAUCAGAGCUCAACAACCAGCAGUGGAACGGGUGAAAAUGUUGCUCGCAAGGCAAGUGUCGGCACUCCCAGUGUUGCUUCAUCACCAUCUCUACACGAAAAUCGUCACCCACUGAAAAGGCGCCUUCUUGCGGCAGCAGAGCAUCUCAACGAGCAAGCUUCCACAAGCAAAGCUCUAAAAUUGGUAAUUUCACUCUUCCACGGUGUAAUAUCAUUUUCAAGACUGUAG